AUGGUUAUCCCUGAGCCGGAGAAUCGAACAGAGUCAGAUUCUCAAAGCCCCGAGUCAUCGGAAAAUCCUUCCCAUUCCGAUCCGCAGAAGAAAACCAGGGAUUUACCCAACUUGACCGAAUGUCACGCGUGUGGCUUCAAGGUUGACAUGUGCACCGGUAAGAACAAGCUCCGACCCCUUUAUAGCGAAUGGCGUAUUGUUCUUCUUUGCAACAAGUGUUUUUCUUGUGUCCAAUCUUCCCAAAUUUGUUCCUAUUGCUUUUCCGCAUCUUCUUCAGAUUCUUUUCGUUGCACUCUAUGUCAGCAUUCUGUUCACAAAAAUUGUUUCUUUAAGUUCAGAGAUGUUGCUCCUUGGUCUUAUUCUUGUUUGGGUUCUGAGUUUUCUGUAUGUGUGGAUUGCUGGGUUCCUAAACAUGUGGAAAUUUCUCGGAGAAGAAGUAUGAGAAGUUUAAGAAAAUUAAAGAGUGGUGUGAUUUUGAAAAAGGGUAGGGUUGACUUAGAGAAAGAGGGUUCUAGGGUUUUGAAGGGUGAAAAGUUUAUCAGAUCUAUGGAUGAUGUGGUUAAAGACGGUAACUGUAAGAUGAAGAGCAAGAUUGAAGCGGUUGCUAGGACUCGAGAUGUGGCAGCGAAGGGAGCUGUGGUGUCUAAAAGGGCUGUUGAGCUGGGGAAUAGGGAAGAGAGUACUCUGAAUCUGCCUCCCAAAAUGGAUUCGGUUAAAUUUGUUGGCGGCUCGUAUUUGACUUUUGACUUGCGUUUGAAUAGCUCGCCGAGGGUUUCAAAGAGUCGUUGUUUGUUGAGUACCAGUUACUUGGAUGCUCCAAAGAAGUGGAUUUCUAGUGUCAAUUCAUCAAGGAAUGCUAGUGGUUCUGAUAAUAUGUUGGAUAGUGAUUCUUCAACUGAUCUGAGUUGUCCCUGCAUGGGAGGGAGUGACAUGAUAGCUUUCCCUAAAGGUGCUGAAUGCACAGCUGCAUUUGGUGUUGAAGAGAUUGGGGAAGAGGCAUUGAAGGAAGGGGAGGGAAGUUGUUCUGACAGGCUAAUAAACUUAAGCCGAGAAGAUUGUGGAUUGGAACAUGAUCGCAAGCAAGCUGAUGCUGCACCUCAUCGGGAAGAGCGGAAAGAUCGUUAUUUCUUGAAGUAUUGUAGGAGGAAGUCAGAUCGUUAUCAAUUGAAGUAUAGUAGGAGGUCAAAUCGUUAUUUCUUGAAGUAUAGUAGGAGGAAACCAGAUCGUUAUACCUUGAAGUAUAGUAGGAGAAAUUGUUUAAAACCAACUCUUAAUAGCCUUGAGAAUCAAGAUUUGACUGUGUAG